AUGCUGAUCUUGCGCAACAGAGACGAGGUUCCAUUUUCCGACGAGAACGCUGGUUGUCACCGACACCAAUGUACUGUCGUAAAUGAAGUCCCUGAGAUUCCGAUAUCCGUGGGAACCCUUCCGUGUGGUGGGAGCAGACGAGUGCGCUUCAAUACCAAUCCAGCAAUAUGUAACUCUAACUACUUUGUCAUCCAAGAUAAACAGGAUUCCCAACAAAGCCGUAAGACUAAAUUCCUAUGGUCGAAGCCAUUCUGGAUGGCUGACGAGAAGCUCGUUAGGUCAAGAGUAUUCAUGGUAAAGCUAAAUAAGGCCGCAUCGAGGAUUCAGUCGUUUUUCAAAGGAAUCAUUGCUCGAAAGCUUUAUCGUGCGACGUUGGUACUGAGAGCGAAACAAGCGGUUGAACGCAUUCGCAACGAGGCUUCCACACUCAUACAGUCAGCUGUUCGUCGUUAUCAGGGUCGUAUGGUCUAUUCUCGUAUCAUUUCGGCAGUCAAGGUUCAAUCAAGCGUACGGGCAUGGAUGACUAGGAGUCACUUCUUGAUCGUGAAACUUCGGAAUCAACUUGAAAGUAUUGAGAAUCGGCGCCAGCAAGAUUUUCGAAUGAUCGAGGAAUAUCGUAAGGAACGGAUCCUUGAAAUUCACCAAUUGUACGCGGACCGCGACGCCCAAACUGCUGAGGCUGAGAGGAAGGUCCUAGAAGCUAGGCUCGUCGUUGAAAGUCUGCAGAAACACAACAAAAAGCUUCGUCUACAGACCAGUAAAUUGCAGAAUGCCAUUAAGCACAUGGCCAGAGAGAAUCAACUGAUGGAGCUGCGGGCUUUAUCUGCCGAUAAAGAAGUAUGUUUAUACCGAAUAGACUUGCAACGGCUUUCGAACGAGAACAAGCAAUGGACCGGAAUUACUCUAGAGAUGCAACAAAGGAAAAAAGGGUUGGAGGAUGCUUUGUACGAAGUGAAUGAGCUAAUCGAAUUUGAAGGUCAAGUUGGAAGAAGUGUCAAGAACCACUUUCGGCAAAUGAUGAAACACAUUCAGGAAAACUGCAGGGACCGUUUGAUGCUCCGAGAAGUUUUUAUGGGUGGCCUUCCAAAAGAGCAAUUAUCUGUUUGUGAAGCCGUGUAACGCUCUCAAUUCUAUAAAGAACUUUUACAUAAAAUAUUUUCCGCCUUCUUG